UUUGUCAUGUAUCUAGGGCUAAACUUAGCCCACCACCUCUCCUCAUCACAGCAUACUCUGCACCACACGUGGCUACAAUGGACGGUGUAAAGUUACCACAGACGCAGUUGUACCUCAGUGGCGACGCUGUUCACACAAGAUGUAACCUUAAAGACUGCUGGUUUUUGUGUCUUGCACCUCAUUCGCCUGCGUUCGUCUCUGUCGCGAUGGGCAACUAUAGCUCAGCCCUCCUUUCUGAAACUGAGGAGUUUGUUUCUAUUGUGUCAGUCACGGAGAAGCUGAAUGAGCAGGCAACGCUGAUGGAGCAGACGAUAAAGCAAAACCAGGAUGAAGCUCCGGGUUCUCUCCCACGUCAAGAAAACUCUCACCAAAACACAUGUGCUGCGCCUGCAGCAGAAUCCAGACGUGGGCCGACUCCUCCCCUCUCCUCUUUGUUGCCCAAGGUUUUCUCCGCCGUGCUGCAUCCAGCCUCGGCCCCAGUCACAGGCCCAGAGCCGAGCGCUAACCCACCGACCCUGGAACGGCUUCAGACGGAGCUCCAAGACCUGAGGGACCAGUUUGAACGGAUGAAGAGCCAGCACAACAAAGAAAUUAAACUGCUGAUGAACGAGUUGGAUGAAGAGAAAAGGAUUCGCUUGACUUUGCAGAUGGAGAUUCAGCGAAUGAAGAAGCACAUGUCGAAAUGAUGAUCCAGUCCUACAAGAAGUCCUCAUCUGAUCAUUGAUCACCUUUGAACUAUCACAGCCCUGUUGCACAGUUACUGGUCUCUUUAUUAGGUAAACUUGUGCAGUUUAAUUCAAUCCAGUACAGCUAAUCCUCCAUCAAUUUUACUUUUACAACAUUGUAAUUACUACAUUUCUAUGUAGAAGCUGUGGAAGGCCAUAGUUCUACUACAUUAUAAUUAUUUUUGGGUCGGAACAUUAUAUAAUGGUUUUAAUGUUUGCAUCCUUGUUCAUUUUAGAUUUGUCAACCAAAACAUUAGAACCAUCUUUAACUGUAAUAUGAGUCGCUGUACUGGAUUAAAUUAGACACAGGUACAGGUGUUUUAUGUCAUGGCCACUUUAGUAGGAGGCUGUUAAACUGAUUUCUGUUUUAUCCAAUCUUGUAGAAAGGGGCAGAAUGGUAGUAAACAGUCAGUUUGGAAUGAGACGCUGAGGCACGCACAUGAAGAUUCCUCCAUGUUCCUUCAGGGUUCUUUCAUAUUUGCCUUUUAAUUGUACAAAGAAUAAAGUCAAUAGGCUGAUGGUUAAUUUUAUUGGUUGGCUGAUCUCUGGAUUUUGUUCAAUAAAGAUGGUUUAUCUGGC